GUUUUUGCGUGCAGGGAGGCUCACGUACAACCGCCGUAACCGCGCGCGCGCUCUGCCCGGAGCAACCGAAGGCAGGCGACGAGCGCGUCGGAUUCGGGGGGAAGCUAGGGUUUCGCCGCGAGAUGGACGGACGGGAUCAGCAGCAGCCACCGCCGCCGCAGCCGCCGCGCCUGGGCUCGCCGCCGGCGAACGCGGGUGUCAUGAUGCCGCAGAACGCCUACGGCCCCGCGCCGGCCAUGUCGCCGGGCUCCGCCAAUGUUAUGCAAGGGAUGCCGCUCGCCUUCAACCCCAUGGCGUCGCCCACCGCCUCGCCGGCGAUGAAGCCGGCGGAAAUGCCGGUGGCCAUGUACCGGCCCGAUUCCGGCCCGCCGGGCAUCCAACAACAGCACCCGGGCAGCGGCGGCGGCGCCACCGUCAUCAGCGGCAGCGGCGGGGAGCUCGUGAAGAAGAAGAGGGGGAGGCCGAGGAAGUAUGGUCCGGACGGGACCCUCGGCAUGGGGCCGAAACCUGCCACCGAGGCGGCCAGGCAGUCCGGCGGUGCAGGUUCGAAGUCGAACUCGAAUCCUGACGGGAAGCGCAGAGGGCGCCCCCCUGGGUCUGGGAAGAAGAAACAACUCGACGCCUUAGGUUCUUCCGGGACAUCAUUUACUCCUCACAUAAUAACCGUGAAGCCAAAUGAGGAUGUUGCUUCAAAAAUAUUGUCCUUUUCGCAACAAGGUCCACGUACUACAUGUAUAAUCUCAGCAACUGGUUCGCUGUGCACAGCAACACUCCGUCAACCAGCAACCUCUGGUGGGAUAGUAACAUACGAGGGCCACUAUGAAAUUCUCUCUCUGUCGGGCUCAUAUCUGCUUGCCGAGGAUGGUGACACUCGUAGCAGGACCGGUGGUUUGAGCGUGGCACUGGCUGGAAGGGAUGGACGUAUUGUAGGAGGCAGUGUUGCUGGAAUGCUUAUGGCUGCCACGCUCGUCCAGGUUGUGGUGGGCAGCUUCAUUGCUGAAGGUAAAAAGCCCAAGGAAGAACAAGUGAAACGUGAGCCAACGUCAGCACCGAUGCAGACAGCCGGCUUUGUUGCAGCAGCCUCAGCUGCUAGUCCUGCAUCCGAUGGAACAUCGAGUGAUCACUCUGAUGACCCAGGGAGCCCCAUGGGACCUAGUCCUAACGGCAGCGCGUUAAACAACGCAGGCCAUCCCAUUCAUGCUUCAUAUGCUCCUGUGGGCUGGUCCCUUUCCGGGAACCAAAGCCGCUACGAUCCAGACCUGAAGAUCAUGAACGACUAAUGGCUUAGCUUGCAGCUUUGCUUCUAGUAUUUGACCUAGCAGAGUAUAGGGUUC